AUUGUAUAACCGACAAUCAUAGUCCUGACACGGUUCAGGUCAGGUUCAGGUCUAGCAAUCUUUUUCCGCCAAACUCUCGUCCUUGCAGCUCAAGUUGAUCUCCCAAAUUUCUCUGCUGGUCAGAGACUAAGCCUUCGCAAUCUCGCAUCUCUCCCCUCGUCACUAUUUUCUGGAAUCUCAGGCUCCUCGACCCUACAAUCAGCCCCUGCCGCAAAUCAUCAUCGCCCUUUGUCCGAGUCUCCCAGUCCUCCCUUUUUAGACAUCGUAAUCUACCCACUACCAUGCGUGGUUUAAAAGGCGUUCUCUUUGUGUUCUCCCUUCUCCUUCUUGUUUUCACAAUCACAUCCAGUCAUGCUGCCCCCGCUAUUACGCAAAAUUCAAAGGAUGCAGACAUGAGGAUCACAAUUUUAGGUCCACUUGGAAAGCCGCGCAAUCCUGAUUGGAUUUUGGGCUUCUAUGGAGAUAAUGAUAACCUCAAUCAAGACGACAAAAAGGUUUUUGAAAAAGAGUUGAAGGUGGAGGUCGGUCGCCGAAUCAAUUUUAUUGGCAGAUACAACCAAGGCAUCUACUCAGUAUGGGGAGAUUACAAGGUCGAAGGCACAGAAUAUAACAAACGUACAGCUAUCAUUAAAGGCGUAGCAGAAAUAGAUGGCAGGAGCUGGGGUGAAGUGAAGGCUCUCAAAGAUGUCGGUCUUUACAUCGACUCAGGGCUUGCUAACAUCCAUCUAGCAAAGAAAGAUCCAGUUGUCGUAAUGAAGAUAGUCAAGGGUCUGUCGAUCAAAGACACCGAAGAGUACCGAAAUGCCAACGCAGCACAACAAUUGAAGUUGUUUGACCAAGUAAAACCGCUUGUGGAAAAGGAGGUCGUGCGCUUUGCAGUGCAGAAAGGAAUCCUCCAUGCGUAAGUUGUUAUCAAGCUAUAUUAUGCUAAAAUUGGUCUCUUCAUUGUUCCGACCAGUGAUUUUCAUUCUUCAAACUUCCUUGUUGGCAUAACGGAAACCGACAAUCUAGCUUCCCCUAUGACUGCGCAAAUCAUGGACUGGGGAUUCCCCAGUGUAUUCAGAGUGAAACGAGACGUAACAGAGGCUGAAGU